UAGUGAGAAUGAAGAUAAUUGGAUGUAACUGUGCAAGCGAUAUAAGUUGAAGAUUCGCAGACGAGUUCACAUCGCCGUAGAGCCGGACCGACGAGAAAGUUCUACCUGACGAAGAGGAAUCUUCACCAGAAUCUUGAAGAAAAUGCGGCUGUACUUGUUUGUUCCAGUUUUCGCUCUAGUCCUAGCAGUCGAGGGGGCCUCGGACGAGAAGCGCGACUCCAAGCAGCCACCAAUAGAUUUAUCCCCCGCUGCUUAUUUCCAUAUAAGGGGGAAGCGUACCCACAAUGCACCGCCGUUGGACUUGAGUGGUCCUGCGUACUUCCACAUCCGGGGCAAACGUACUGCUAAGCAACCACCCUACCUUGACCUUGGAGAGCCGUCUUUCUUUCACAUUCGAGGAAAAAGAACGGAGGGCCCACCUUACAUAGACUUGACUGAGCCCUCGUUCUUCCACAUUCGAGGAAAGCGGUCAUCCGAACAGCCGCCACUUGAUUUAGGCCCCGCCUAUUUCCAUAUAAGAGGAAAGCGUACAAAGAAUCCACCUAUUGAUCUUGGGCCGGCUUAUUUUCACAUCCGGGGAAAGCGAUUAUCCGGGGAACAACCACCAUACCUCGAUCUAACGCCAGCCUACUUCCAUAUAAGGGGAAAGCGCACGCAACAACCACCUAUGAUUGAUUUAUCUGAGCCCGCGUUCUUCCAUAUCAGAGGUCGACGUGCAGUAGAGCAGCCGCCGUAUCUUGAUCUGACGCCAUCGUACUUCCAUAUAAGGGGGAAGAGGACAGAGUACCCACCGUUCCUUGAGUUGGGGCAGCCUUCGUACUUCCACAUCAGAGGGAGAAGAGUAAGUAGAUGGGGCAGCCUUCGUAUUCCACAUCAGGGGGAGAAGAGUAAGUAGAUGGGGCAGCCUUCGUAUUCCACAUCAGAGGGAGAAGAGCGGAGAAAACAACGAAAGACUGACUCUACUAAAUGAUGCUUCUACGCAUGCGCGGAACUACUGCGGCUUAUGGACGUGUUUGAGGGCAGCACAGGCCCGCUAGGACUUCUGGGAUUCUCCAGAAAACAGCAUGGCAAGGGCAAAGAAGAAAUAGUUUAAAGAUAUAAUUUCAAAGGUUGUAGGCAGCAUUUCGAGAGAUUGUUUUUAGUUUAUUGAUGUAUUGUAUAUGUGAAUUAAACGAUGGAAAAAUUG